CUUGUCAGACAUCGGGGAAAGCAAUCAAGCAAGCAGCGGCCGCAUCGAUCGGAGCGGAGAAAUUCCCCAACUCUGCUCACCCUCACCGUUGCCGACGACUUCGUGCGGCGGCGAAGAGGAGAGGCGAUGGGAGGGGGAGACGCCAGCGGCGGCGACGGGCCGGAGCAGGAGCUGAAGCGGGCUGCUGCGGCGGCGUACAACUACGAGGGCGACGCGCGCUGGGCGGAGUACUGGUCCAACAUCCUCGUCCCCCCUCACCUCGCCUCCCGCCCCGACGUCGUCGACCACUACAAGCGCAAGUUCUACCAGCGAUACAUCGAUCGUGAUUUGGUGGUUGAGCCGAUGUCAUCCACUGGUUCCACCCAGCCAAGCGGACCAGAAGUAAGGUCUUCGUCCUUCUCAUCCAGUGAGAAUGUCAGGGCCCGUAGUUCAGGAUCAAGUUCCAGAUCAGCUGCACCACCGCCCCCACCGCCACAAACAGACAGUGCUACAAAUCCCUUACGGUUUGAUGCACGGACCAUACACUUCUCCAUUAAUGCCUGGGUACUUGUUGUUGCUGGUCUGGGGAUGCUUCCAAUUUUGCCAAAACAUCUUGCAGAUAGAGCCUGCAAACUUUCAUUGCUGGGAACAAUACUCUCCUCUGCAUACUCUCUAUACAGCACUUAUGGGAAACCAAGAGCAUGGAACAUGCCUGCAGUCCAGGGUUGGUUGCAAGCUGUACUUGGAACCAAGGAUUUUAUCCAUUUGAUGUUCUCUCUUAUGCUCUUCACGUCUCAGUUGCACUUAAAAAUUGCUGCACUACCUGUGUUCUGCUGGGCACUUGAUCAUGUUGCUAGAUUCCUAAGGCGUAAUUUUGCUCGCUCAUCCUUCUAUAGGAGUUACUUGGAGGAACCCUGUCUUUGGGUAGAGACAAAUAACACUACACUCAGUCUCCUCAGUUCAAAUGCUGAGAUUGCCUUGGGUUUUCUUCUGAUCAUAUCACUUUUCUCGUGGCAACGUAGCAUAAUUCAGACAUUCAUGUACUGGCAGGUGUUGAAGCAGAUGUACCAUGCUCCUGUAACCGCUAGCUACCACCAGAGCGCGUGGGCGAAAAUUGGCCGGAUUGUCAACCCGUACAUCCAUCGCUAUGCACCAUUCCUCAAUACACCCAUUUCUGCAGCCCAAAGAUGGUGGUUCAGGUAGCAAGGCUGAGGACAGAAUCACGAUAUUUGCAGAUCUGAUCAUGCGGAGAACUUAUCUACAAUGUGUUUUGAAGAGCUAUUACAAACUUAGCACGCCGUUGCUCUCGUCAUGAUGGAGCUGUGCAUCAUAAAAACUCCUGCAAGUAGUUCCCUUUUGUAUUGGCUUAUACUUUGAGGUUAACAUUGAUGCAAGAACGGUGUUAUAAACCCUGGAGGGCUUUUUCACCACCGUAAUGCUCGAUCAGUGAUCACGACGAUGUUCUAUAUAAUUCCUGCCAAACUCAGGCUGACCUGUAUACAAUGGAUUGCUCUUAGAUUGCAUCAUCUAUUCAUGAGUGGCUAUGAAAUA